GAGCGCCUAACGGAGGACUCGGAGGAGUAGAAGAUUUCUAAAGACUUUUUAUUUAUUUGAGUCAUAGGAAUAAUUUUAAGAAUUACAAAAAUAAUCUUCUCUCCAAAAAUAGUUUUUAUGGGAGUUAAAAUAAAAAUUAUAUUUAUUUUUGGAGCCAGUUGAAAAAUCUUUUUUACUGUUCAAAAUUAUAUUUAUUUUUGGAGCCAGUUGAAAAGUCUUGAAUGAAGAAAUUCUACCCUUUGUUGUUGAAGAAGCGUGACCUUCGAAGGAACAACAAAGCCAACACGAGUGCAGUAGCAAUAUUGGUCUUGCGAAGAUAUACCCUGCAGAAAUUCACACAAGUGUANAUGGAGAACUAUGAUGAGGAAUUUGCCAUGAUGGUCAAGCAAUUCCGGAAGUUCAAGAAGUUCUUCAAGAAAGCUAACUCAGUCAGAAGGCCAUCCAAGGGAAAGCCACAUGUAAGUGACUUCCCUCCUGAAUCUUAUUUGUGUUAUAACUGCAGGAAACCUGGUCAUUGGAAGUCAGCAUGCCCGUACCCAAAAGUGGAGAAGUACGGAGAAAGAGAAAGAAACGAGAAGAAGAAGGCAAUGGUUGCAGCUGAAAGUGACGAGUCAUCCAGCUCAAGCUCGGAUGAAGAAGCCCUUGUCUGCAUGGAGCGCAGAACUGAGAAGUCCAACCAUGAGGAUCGAUGGACAAUUAAAGGGCUAGGAAAUCUGGUGUACAAGGGACUAACCAUCCAAGCUGUAUCUUAUGUUGAAGGUCUCAGUUAUAACCUUCUUAGCAUAAGUCAGUAUUGUGAUAAAGGUUAUUCCUUGGAAUUCUGCAAGGACAUGGCAUACCUCAAGAACAUAUCCACAAAUGAAGUCAUUCUCACUGGGAAGAGAAUUAGAAACAUCUAUGAAGUGAUAUGGGACGAUGUCAAGGAAGCAUGCCUAAUCAGUAAAGGUGACACUAACCUUCUAUGGCUUUGGCAUAAGAGGUUGAGUCAUCUCAACUUUAAAACUCUCAACAAGCUAUCCAAAGGGUUAGUAGAAGGUCUUCCCAAAGCUGUAUUCAAGAAGGAAAGCAUUUGUGAUGCUUGUCAGAAAGGAAAGCAAGUCAAGUCCAUUUUCAAGGCAAAAUCGAAAUUGGAAGGCAAGUGCUCUUCACCAGCGUUCUAUCAGACCUAUCUGGAGAUGAUUGCUGCUCAAGAACUCACCGAAUUCCUUCAUAUGGAGAUCCACUCCAAGUAUGAAGAUGAAGUUCUUGAAUUUUACAAGAAUGGAAAGAUCAAGACUGCCCAAUCGAAGAAGAAUCCACAGAGGACGAUCCACGUUAUCAAGUCCACUGUUGGAGGGGCCAAAGUGAAAAUUUCACAGAAGAAAUUGGAGAAGAAGCUUCAUCUUCCCAACUCUGGAAGUGAAAUUAAGAGACUUCCCACCAAAAAUCUGGACUGGAAGACUAUUGGGAUUUCUGGACAAAUCCCUUCUGGCCCAGCGAAGAAGGCAGAUCUGAAGAACGACUACAAACUGGUUCUGGAGCUGGUCAUCACAUGCCUUGAAUGUGGCACUGGAGGACAUGUUGAUGACAUCACUCAGGAAAGGGCAUUCAUCCUCAACGCCCUCAUUACCAAGACAAAGGUAAACUGGGCUAAACACUUCUUCAUUUCUAUUUCCAAGCACUUAGGGAAGCCCAAACAGAAAUAUCUUUGUCAAGGAUUGUACCUUGGGUACAUUCUGGAAUCCUUGGGAGUUGCCUCUGAAGGAAAGAAGUAUGAAGGCAGAUAUUGGCUCUACUACCUGGCUUCCAAAGGAGAAAACAGAGUCAGUUCCACUACAGAAGAUGAAGGAUCUUCAGAUAAUGUCCUCAUUAUGGGUCUGAAGAAGUCAUCAAAGAGGAAGCACGUGAUUUCUCCCUCUCCCAGUGCUGAAGCACCACACACUUUGGCGAACCAGAAUAGUUCAAAAGAAGAACUUCAGCAACCCCUCGAAUCUCAAGAUCAAGAGAUUCUCACAACUUCUUGUGAGAUCUCCAAUCCAACUGAACUUGAGAUUCCGGAGAAGUCAGCAGAGAAUCUGGAGAAGUCCACUCCUCCAGAAACAAAUGAAGCCCUUCAGGAAGUCCAAGCUGUAGAAAUUCAAAGAAGUUCUGCAAAAGCUAAAAGGGAAGCUCAAAUGGCUAGACUAGAGACCUCUGAAACUCCAGUUUCUAUUUUUGAGCAGAACAUUGCAGAUGAUGACAGAGAUUCUCUCUCCAGGGACAUCUCAAAAUACAUGAAUGAGACAGAGGAAGACUCUUCCACUUCUACCCUUCUGGAUGAGGUACUGGAAACCUGGACAAGAAAGGUCCAAGGGUUGAUUGAAUCAGCCCUGGAGUCUCAACAUGCCUCUUUUAGGCAAGAGAUAGAACAGAUGGAAGCUAGGCAUAACAAGUUGAUAGAGAAAUCCGAAGAAAAACAUUGCUCAGAUCUCAAGGAGAUAAGCAAAUCGGUGGACAAGAAUCUAGAGAUUAUUUCUCUUUUGAGUAACUUUGGGAGCAACACAAUGGAGGCUUAUACAUCUGACUGUCAUCUUCAAUUCAAAGAAGUUAAUAGAAUCAAAGAGCAAAUUGCAACAGUUACAGUCAGCCUACAGAAGCAGAUGUCCUUUCUCCAGAUGGAUAUUAGGUCAACCUUGGCAGUGUCCUCAGCAAACCAAGUGGUGACUCAAGACUAUCUCAAGGUUAUUGCUGAAAAUCAGAAGGAAGCAUUCAAGCUGUUCAGACAUUUUGGCACCUACACUGGCAAACACAAGCUAGAUGUAAUUGUUCAACACUAUAGUCCUUCCCUAAUUCCACAGCUUCCUAUUGAAGUCAAGAAAGGAGAACUCACAUACAUCCCAUCUCAUCUGAACAUGACGGAUUUGAUACUUGAAGCCCAGCAGAGCAAUCCGGAGAACACAACGCAGCAUCUGACACACACUGGUCUUGAUGGAACAGAAGCUGUAGGAACCAUUGCCUCUCACUUCUCAAAAGAUGCUCAAACUAAAGAAAGAUACAACAACCUCAGGUGCAUCAAAGAAGAGUGUGGAAUAAUGCAAGGCAUUGGUGAGACUGCCAGAUCAUCCAAGCGCAAGAAGCAGUGAAGGCUCUUUCCAUCAAACCAGGGGGAAGUAUGUGAAAAUAUUAUUUUGCUUUGAUGAAAACACCUUCUUGUUUAAACAUGAGUUUUUGGUUUAAACAUUGCUUAAUACUUCUUUUAAUUAUGCUUAUCAUGCUUGAUCAUGUUCAUUUUAAGUAUGAUUUUUGAGAUUUGUUACUAAGCGCAUACAUUCAAGGGGAAUGUAAUUCAAGGGGAACUUAACUGUUUUUGGCUAACAAUUGUUUUUGGCAAUGAACUAUUGAUAAACUC